AUGGCGCGGGUGGGGGCCAGGCAUGCAGGGCAGCGCUUCCGCGAGGCCCGCCCUGCUUCUCAGCCCCGCGAUCCUUCACUGGAGACGAACAAAGACUGUACAGAAAGACUUUUGAUGAAACGGUCUGGGGGUUGCCUCUUCUGUGAAACUGUGCGCGGGCGAAGGCGCCGGCGUGGCCGGGCCAGGGGCGGGGCUGGCCCGCCUGCGCUGCCCAGCGUCCAGAGGCGCCCGUCCCGAAGGGAUGGGGCCGGCGCCGGCGUGGCGUGCGGCCGGGGGGGGCCGUGGGGCGGUGGGCGAAUCGAUAAGACGCCAAACAGUAGCCCCCGGGCGCCGCACCGCGCCGAGGACGGCAGCCGGCGCCAGACGGCUCGGGGCGACUCGGCGGGCGGCGCAGCUCCGUGGAGGAUGCGGGCGCAGAGGGGCUAG